AUGUCAUUGUAUUAUUCGCUGGUGUUUGGUGUGCUCGUGUUCGAAGUCGUCAUCUUUAGCAUCUUGGCUUUGCCUAUCCCCACUCGUCUGCGCAAACCAUUGACGUUGGUUCUACUCAGACCGUUCCAAAAUGAUAUCAUUCAGAUCACAAUUAAAUGUGUCCUAGGUUUCAUCCUACUGCUCUUUCUCGAUACUAUCAAUAAAGUUUACAACAUCGACCGCGAAUUGCAAGCCGCGUCGUCUGCUAAUACCAAAGGCGGUGGCGUUUACUCGCAGGAUCGCAUCGAAGUUCUAUCGCGCAAGUUCUUUGCCCAGAGGAAUAUGUAUCUCACUGGUAUGACUUUGUUCCUCACUUUCACAGUGGCACGGACCUUUGGUCUUGUUCAGGAGCUACUUCAGCUCAAGGACAAGUACCGUAAGGAGUCUCCAAAAUUUGAUACCAAGCAGGACGAAGCGGUCAACGCGAAGCGGAAGGAUGAGUUGGAACAAGAGAUCAAGGAGAAGGAUCUGGAGAUAGCUCGCUUGAAGGAGAAGGCUGAAGCUUUGCAGAAGGAAAUGUAG